AUGAGCAUCUAUCCCAUUUUAGCUCUCGUGUGCCUCCUGCUCAUCCCCCAAAGCAGCAACGCAAGUCACAAUGGCGGCAUUUUAGCCAACGGCACAGAUGCUAAGCAACUCUACGACGACCUUUUUGUUACCGGCGCAUACAAUUAUCGCGUCAGACCAAGUAGCACUUACCAAACACCAAUGACUGUUUUUGUGGAGUUCUACCUACUGGCGAUAAACGAGGAAGAUAUUUGGCAUCCCGAUUUGGCCUUGACGAAUUCUUUUGAAGACUACAAACAGAUUGGAGACGAUAAGCUGUUGGUAGAAAGCUGCUCGGACGGAACUGUGUAUUGGUUCCCAUUUCAGGUUUUCGAGUCAACAUGUCCCUUAGAUAUAACCUACUUCCCGUUUGAUGAACAAACAUGCAAAUUAAAGUUCGAGGCCUACAGCUACACACAGUACGAGCUAAACGUGACGUCUAGGGGACCGGGUGUUAAUCUUGAUGAAUUCGAAAGAAGUUCAAGCUGGGAUGUAACUGAAGUUUCCUGGGAGACGGAUGCUGAUGCAUAUGGGCCAAAUGUUAUUUUUUCGAUCACAAUGAAGAGGAAACCACUCUUUAUUAUUCAAACCAUCGUGUUUCCAAUCAUCGCGUGCGCACUGCUGAAUACCUGCGUGUUCGUUCUUCCGGUUGAGAGUGGGGAGCGAUCUGGCUUUGCCGUCACCAUGUUUCUAGCUCUGGCCGUCUUUCUAACGAUCGUUUCCACAACACUUCCAGCUAAUUCGGAUACAGUUGCUGUUUUCUCCGUGUAUCUAAUUAUUCAAACGACGGCAAGCGUAUUAAUAACCGUUAUAGCAAACCUAUCGAUACGACUUAGCAUCUUGAGUGAUCCGAUUCCAAAGUGGCUUCACAAAGGGAUGAACCGCACAAGAUUGUUGCUCACUUGCAAGACUUGCAAAAGGCGAGCACCUACUUCCGAGGUCCACCCAUUUGAUGCCGAGAGCGGAGAUGUUCCGAAGAAGUCAGUCGAUUACGAGCCACACGGUGGAGAACCCACGUGA